GUAUAAACAGCGUUAGCAAACGAUACCACUGAAGAUGCACUGCAGCAGCUAAAAGCAUUUACUAAUAGCUUAAGUGUUAUUCGACUGAAAAUGGAACAAUUCAAAUCAUACAAGAUCAAAAAGAUAUCUGAAAAGGAAAGUGCCCGAAGCCGCAUCCCCCGUCCAAUGCCUCAACAUUUCUGUCUCAGAGGAUCUCCGAUUUCUGAGCUAAUACUGUCUGAGGAAGAGGGCAAGGAAUAUAAUACCGCCAAAGACCAUGCAGAAAGAACUAUCAGUCCCAACAGCUAUUCAUCAGAUGACACUGGAUGUCCAAGCAGUCAGUGCGCUACUCCCACUAAGAUGCGAUCUGGCUCAGACAACAGCCCCUCUCCAGUGGAGUCCAAGACCAAGGUCAAGAGGGUCAGAGUGAAUGUGAUGGCUGAGUGGGGUACCCCAGCACAAAAGCACAAGAGGGAGCAGCUACGGCCCUCCAAGUUGCACAGGGGCAGUGAGGCUGACUUCAGUUCCUCCAGUAGCACUGGAAGCUUAAAGUCUCGUGGGUCUCUGCUUAGCAACUCAACAGGAAAAAAGAGUUUCUCACACAGUUGUGUGCAGCCCAUCAGAAGCCGGCCUGUGUUUAAGCCACCAGGAAGCCCCACUGCCCCCCGUGAUGCAGAACUAUAUGCACCAUACAGGACACCCCCAAAAACUCACCUAUCCUCACACAAUGGCAACAACUCUAGCCCCACCAGCAGAAGGACCAAUUCUGGAAGUUACCAUUCAUGUGGGGACAAUCAUGGCAUCAAGCCUCCCAACCCAGAGCAAUACCUGACACCACUACAACAGAAAGAAGUUGUUAUUCGCCACCUCCGGACCAAGCUUCGUGAUGCAGAGCAAAUCAUUUUCGAUCGGGACUCCGAGAUCCAGGACUUAAAGUCCCAGCUGGGCCGGAUGCGUGAGGACUGGAUCGAGGAGGAGUGCCACCGUGUGGAGGCUCAGCUAGCUCUUAAGGAAGCGCGUAAAGAGAUCAAACAGCUCCGGCAAGUAGUUGAGACAAUGAAGAACAGUCUGAUGGAGAAGGAUAAGGGUAUUCAGAAGUACUUCAUUGACAUCAACAUCCAGAACAGAAAGCUGGAGUCAUUGCUGCACAGCAUGGAGCUUGCCCAGAGUGGUGCCAACUGGCAUGAAGAGUCCACCCUGGACUUCAUCUGCGAUUCUCCAGAAAAGCCAACUGCAGGGAAACUCGAAGACAAGCUGCAUGUUGCAGAUCAGGCCAUGGAAGAGAUGGCAGACAGUGGGCUGCUGGCGAAUGAUGACCUGGCCAACCAGAUGGACAUCUUGGAGAAAGUUCUGAUGUCCACAGCUGUAGAUUCCAGCCAGUGCAAUGACAAGCUUAUCAACCAGCCAGGACCGGGAGUCUCAACUUUGGUACAGAGUACUUCUGAGAACACAGAAAAAAGCCUGAAGUAUCAAAAUUACAGCGAGACCCCUCCAGAUUCUGAAGAGAAGGCAGUCCAGACUGAUGAAAUCUUCUGUCCUGCUGACAUCCAGGCUCUGCUUUUAAAUCUGCUGAAGCUUCAAAACACUGGGGCUUCAGGCCUGAAGCACUCCACGUCCAACCUUUUCCAAAAGAUACCCAAAGCACAGGAACCUAACAUUCCCCAAGUAGACGAGCCACUCAAAAUCCUGCCUCAAGCCAUGGAUAUCAACCCGGAAAGAGGACUUAACUGUGUUCCCAAUGUUUCUGCUCCACCUAGAUUGGUGUUUCCACAAGAUCCUGGUGGUGCAGUUAAGAGUUCAGAGCCUGAUAUGUAUCCAGGGUUUAUGGAAGAGCUAGAUUUUGGUGUAAAGGAUAAUUACAGCAGUGCUGGGAAGGCUGUGGUGGGGAAAAGCUACUGGAGCAACAGAUUUUUGGUCGAUCUGGCUGCUGUAGCUGCUCCUGUUCUUCCCACAGUGGCCUGGCUGUAUUCUCAGCACGACGCUGUUGGUGGGGCACCGGUGUACAACAUUGCAGCUUUGAUUCGUGGCUGUUGCGUCGUGGGACUGCACUCUCUCCGUCUUGUCACGUACGGGCCGCACAUCUAAGGGUCCUUCACCACCGGCCACAUCUAACAAGAGCACUUGGAACUUAAUUUGUUUGUAUGUUUGAAUAUUGGUGAACCUUUAGUAUUAAUUCUCACACUUGGCACUGUGUAGUUGCUGUAAUUGUAGGCAAAGGGUUAAGUUAAAUAGAUUUAUUUGUCUUGUGUUUUUCCUCACGUUUGUUAUACUGCUCAAUGCUAUAGCCUGAUCAUCUAAGCAGGUGGUCAUGUUAUGACUGUGCUGUCUGCUAGCCAUUUCUGGAGUUGACUAAAGGUUAAGAGUUGGAAGGUCUAUUUUCGAGUGUUUGUGUUCCUUAUAAAGUAACUCGCAGCCAAAGCCUGGUCAUUAUUUGUUGUGAAGCUGUUGUCCUUCACAUGUAGAAUGUUUUACACGUUUCUUGUUGUGACCUUACCUAUUCUUCUAUUAGUCAGUGCUACAGUACAAAUAAUCCUUAUGUGCCUGAGCUUUGUGCAAUAUUUGUUUGUAUCAGACAGGAUAAAUAUAUUUAUUAUUAAAGCAUGAG